CCCCGGUAGGCGCCGCGCGCUCGCUCGCGGGCUGUAGUCGGUGCCGGCGGAUCGCGUCUCUGAGGAUUGUUCCUGGUUGUGCGCGUGGAACCCACAGUUCUCCCCGAGGUGAAAAAAGUAUUAAUGGCCAGAUGCCUUAAGGACAAGGGCGGAGGUGUACAAAGAUAUUACAGCUGAGACACAUACUCUGGAGCGACCAUACUCUGAAGAUGUUGUUUGCUUUUGGUUAACAAGAGAAAAUGCAACUAUAGAGGAAGGCUUUUAUCUCUGCUUUAAUACCGUGUUGUAAAUAACAAUGUAACUGGAUUUACAUCCGUCUUUCUGCUGAGACGGGGAACCCUUGACUGAGGGAGACAUGAGUGACUCAAGGCCGUCACAGGAAGAGAAGCACAAGCUCGGCAGGGCCUCCUCCAAGUUCAAGGACACUCCCAGAGUCAUGCAGUCUGAUGAUUAUUUUGCUCGGAAAUUUAAAGCCAUUAACGGCAGCAUGGGACCCGCCACUUCUUUAAAUGCCUCAAAUUCGGAGAGUGGUGCUCCAGCCAAUGGUACCCCAGCUAUGCCCAAGAUGGGUGUGAGAGCCAGGGUGUCUGAGUGGCCUCCUAAAAAGGACUGCUCCAAGGAGCUGGCCUGCAAGGUGCUGUGGGGAAACCAGUCUCAGACCAGUUAUGACAGUGUCACCUCCAUCAUGCACAAUGGGCAGAAUGACCAGAGCGACGGUCAGCCCAAGGAGCAGCUUGAUCUCGACUUUGUGGAGGCAAAGUACACAAUUGGAGACAUCUUUGUUCACUCUCCUCAAAGAGGACUUCACCCCAUAAGACAGAGAAGCAAUAGUGAUGUCACCAUCAGUGACAUCGAUGCUGAAGACGUCUUAGACCAAAAUGCCGUGAACCCCAACACCGGAGCCGCGCUUCACCGGGAGUACGGGAGCACGUCUUCCAUCGACCGGCAGGGCCUGUCUGGUGAGAACUUCUUUGCGAUGCUCAGAGGAUACCGAGUAGACAGUUAUGACCACAAAGUGAUGGCCCCUUUUGGGUUCCCGGAGUUUUUCUCCUGCGACCCUGCCGUCUCCCCCAGCCUUCACGCCGCAGCACAGAUUUCUCGGGGAGAAUUUGUCCGCAUCUCAGGAUUAGAUUACAUGGACAGCGCCCUCCUCAUGGGCAGAGACAGGGACAAGCCUUUCAAACGGAGGCUAAAGUCGGAGUCAGUGGAAACGUCUCUUUUCCGAAAGCUGCGAACUGUUAAAAGUGAACAUGAGACUUUCAAGUUCACGUCUGAUCUGGAGGACGGUCGUCUCGAGCGGGGCAUUCGCCCUUGGAAUUGUCAGCGGUGUUUUGCACAUUAUGAUGUCCAGAGCAUUUUGUUUAAUAUCAAUGAAGCCAUGGCCACGAGGGCUAACGUGGGGAAAAGGAAGAACAUGACCACCGGGGCCUCUGCAGCAUCCCAGACUCAGGCGCCAGGGGGCCAGGCAGGCAGCUGUGAGUCCCCCCUGGGCAGCAAGGAGGACCUCAACUCAAAGGAGAACCUGGAUGCUGAUGAGGGGGAUGGGAAAAGUAAUGACCUCGUCCUAAGUUGCCCUUACUUUAGAAAUGAGACAGGAGGGGAAGGGGACAGGAGGAUUGCCCUGUCUAGGGCCAACUCGGCAUCUUUCAGCUCCGGGGAAAGUUGCUCCUUUGAAUCCUCUCUCAGCUCUCACUGCACCAAUGCGGGCGUGUCUGUCUUGGAAGUGCCCCGAGAGAACCAGCCGAUUCACAGGGAGAAAGUGAAGCGCUACAUCAUAGAGCACAUUGACCUUGGGGCCUACUAUUACCGCAAGUUCUUCUAUGGGAAAGAGCACCAGAACUACUUUGGGAUAGAUGAGAACCUUGGCCCUGUGGCUGUCAGCAUCCGGAGGGAGAAGGUGGAGGACGCCAAGGAGAAAGAAGGGUCGCAGUUCAACUACCGGGUGGCUUUCAGGACCAGCGAGCUUACAACACUGAGAGGGGCAAUUUUAGAGGACGCUGUCCCCUCCACCGCUAGACACGGCACGGCGCGAGGACUGCCCCUCAAAGAAGUGCUGGAGUAUGUGGUGCCAGAGCUGAGCAUCCAGUGUCUGCGCCAGGCUGCCAGCUCGCCCAAGGUCUCGGAGCAGCUGCUGAAGCUUGACGAGCAGGGGCUGAGCUUCCAGCACAAGGUCGGGGUCCUUUACUGCAAAGCAGGCCAGAGCACGGAGGAGGAGAUGUACAACAAUGAGACGGCGGGGCCGGCCUUCGAAGAAUUCCUCGAUCUCCUGGGCCAGCGAGUGCGGCUGAAGGGGUUCAGUAAAUACCGUGCUCAGCUAGACAAUAAAACUGACUCUACAGGAACUCACUCCCUCUACACCACAUACAAAGACUAUGAACUCAUGUUCCACGUGUCCACCAUGCUGCCCCACAUGCCCAACAACAGACAGCAGCUCUUGAAGAAAAGGCAUAUAGGAAAUGACGUCGUGACCAUUGUCUUCCAAGAGCCCGGAGCACCUCCUUUCAUUCCGAAGAGCAUCCGCUCCCACUUCCAGCAUGUGUUCGUCAUGGCGGUGCACAAGCCCUGCACCGAGAGCGUGUGUGACAGUGUUGGAGUUUCUAGAUUGAAAGACGUGCCUCCGUUUGGCCCCCCGAUUUCCAAAGGCGUCAGGUUUUCGAAGUCAGCAGUGUUUCGGGACUUCCUGUUACACACAGAAAAUGCAGCCCACAAAUUGGAAAAGUUUCAUGCGAUGGCCACUUGGAUGAGGCAGGAGUACUUGAAGGACCUGGCGGAGAACUUCGUCACGACCGCCAUGGACACCUCUGUGAAGUUCAGCUUCAUCACUCUGGGUGCAUAGAAGGAGAAAGUCAAGCUGAGGAAAGAUGCACAUCUGUUCAGCAUCAGGGCCAUCAUGUGGCAUCUGGCGGCCCAGGACUUUGGCCAGUCAGCCGACAUUGAAUAUCUGCUCAGGAUUUCCAACGAGUUCAUCAGGUUGAUCAAAAAGAAUUCCAAGAACAUGGUCUUUAAUUGUUCCUGCAGGGAUGUCAUUGGGUGGACCUCCAGACUGAUGAGUAUCAAGGUGUUUUACGAGAGAGGAGAGUGCAUCCUUCUGUUUUGGGGGGGCAACUGUACUGAAGACAUAAGGGAAUUUCUCCUGUCCCCUUAGAUAGUGACCAGAGGCUGUGAGACCGUGGAAAUGACCCUGAGGAGGAACGGGCUAGGCCAGCUUGGCUUCCACGUGAAUUUUGAAGGAAUUGUUGCCGACGUGGAGCCUUUUGGGUUUGCCUGGAAGGCUGGCCUGCGCCAGGGGAGCCGCCUCGUAGAGAUCUGCAAAGUGGCCGUGGCCACUCUGACCCACGAGCAGAUGAUCGAUCUGCUGCGGACAUCCGUGACCGUGAAGGUGGUCAUCAUCCAGCCGCAGGACAACACCUUGCUCUGCAGAGGGUGUUCGGAGCUCUGCCGGAUCCCCAUGGUGGAGUACAAACUGGACAGCGAGGGCACCCCCUGCGAGUACAAAACCCCCUUCCGGAGGAACACCACGUGGCACCGGGUGCCCACCCCGGCCCUGCAGCCCCUGCCCAGAGCCUCGCCCGCACCGGGCACGCCCGACCGGCUGCAGGGCCAGCAGCUGCUCCAGCAGGCCCAGGCCGCCAUCCCGCGCAGCACCUCCUUCGACCGCAAGCUGCCCGACGGCACCAGAAGUUCGCCCAGCAACCAGUCAUCCUCCAGCGACCCCGGACCCGGUGGGAGCGGGCCCUGGAGACCGCAAGUGGGCUAUGACGGGUGCCAGUCCCCGCUGCUGCUGGAGCACCAGGGCCCAGGCCCUUUGGAGUGUGAAGGAGCCAGGGAAAGGGAGGACGCCAUGGACGGAAGCAGACACCCAGAAACCAAAUGGCAUGGUCCACCCUCCAAAGUCCUGAGUUCCUACAAAGAGAGAGGCCUGCAGAAGGAAGGAGGCUGCAGAGACUCCCCCAACAAGCUCUCCCACAUCGGGGAUAAGAGCUGCUCCAGCCACUCCAGCAGCAACACGCUGUCCAGCAACACCUCCAGCAACAGCGACGACAAGCACUUUGGGUCCGGGGACCUGAUGGACCCGGAGCUGCUGGGGCUGACCUACCUGAAGGGGGCAUCCACCGACAGCGGCAUCGACACGACCCCGUGCAUGCCCCCCACGGGCCUGGGCCCCGUGCACCUGGUGGGCAGCAGGUCCAUGAUCCACAGUCGGGCCGAGCCCUGGGCCGACUCUGGCGACAUCUCGGGGCCUGACGACGAGCAGGCGAAGGUGUACGCGGUGCACAGCUAUGCGCCUGCUUCUGCCAGUGGCGCUGCUGACGGCAGCAUGGGCGACCUCAGCGAGAUCUCCUCUCAUUCCAGUGGCUCACACCAUUCAGGAAGCCCGUCGGCUCACUGUUCCAAAAGUACUGGGUCUCUGGACACAUCCAAAGUCUACAUCGUGUCUCACAGCAGCGGCCCGCCAGUCCCUGGGUCCAUGUCCAAGCCCUACCACCGACAAGGGGCAGUGAGCAAAUACGUCAUUGGCUGGAAGAAGUCGGAAGGCAGCCCCCCGCCUGAGGAGCCGGAAGUGACUGAGUGUCAGGGGCUGUACGGAGAGAUGGAGCUCAUGUCCACAGCAGCUCAGCAUCAGACAGUGGUGGGAGAUGCUGUCUCAGACACUCCACAUGUGCUGUCGAAAGAAGACUUUGUGAAAUUGAUGCUUCCUGACAGCCCCUUAGCAGAGGAGGGGAGAAGAAAGUUUUCGUUCUACGGGAACCUGUCCCCACGACGGUCUCUGUACCGCACCCUCUCUGACGAGAGCAUGUGCAGCCACCGCAGGGGCUCCUCCUUCGGCAGCUCCCGCAGCUCGGUCCUCGACCAAGCCCUGCCCAGCGACAUCCUGUUCAGCAGCACCCCGCCGCACCGCAGCACCCUGCCGCCCCGGACGCAGCCCGCACCCAGCCUGGGCAGCCUGCGCAAUGAGUUCUGGUUCUCCGACGGGUCCUUAUCCGAUAAGUCCAAGUGCGCAGACCCUGGCCUGAUGCCCCUCCCGGACACGGGCACGGGGUUAGACUGGUCCCACCUGGUGGACGCUGCUCGGGCGUUUGAAGGUCUUGACUCAGACGAGGAACUCGGUCUGCUCUGCCACCACACGUCCUACCUAGACCAGAGAGGGGCGCCCUUCUGCACCCUGACAGAUGUGCAGCACAGACAGGGCCUGGAAGGGGCCCAGGAGCUGCCUCUGUGCGUCGACCCAGGCGGCAAAGAGUUCAUGGACACAGCUGGGGAGCAGUCGCCAUCCACCCUGACGGGCAAAGUCAACCAACUGGAGCUGGUCCUGCGGCAGCUGCAGACCGACCUUCGGAAGGAGAAGCAGGACAAGGCGGCGCUGCAGGCGGAGGUGCAGCACCUGCGGCUGGACAACCGGAGGCUGCAGGAGGAGUCGCAGACGGCCGCCGCCCAGCUGCGCACCUUCACGGAGUGGUUCCUCAGCGCCGUGGACAAGAAGCCCUAGCCGGCCCGCCCGGGACCGCCGAGCGCCUGCAGCCCGGCAGCGCAGGCGCGUGGUCUUGGCCGUACUUUCGCCAGUCGUGAAGUCCCUGCUGUCCGCUCUGUCUGGCACCGUGCCCCCGGCAGGAGGGGACCGCACGCUCUCUCCGCGGCCACCCUGGCGUGAAGAUGAAUGUAACUCCCGUGUCGAGAUGAAUGUAACCCUGGUGUCAGUUUAGACCUUUUCUCUUAGGCGCUACUGAGCAGUGGUCUGGCGUGAAGGGUGUGCUUCCUGUCUGUCAGGUGACCUGCUAGAGAUGCUGAGGCAGUUGGCCGUAGUUUGGGCUUUAGUGUUGUAAAAUAGCCACGAAGCGAUGACCAGACGUAUACUUUAAUGUAAAGGUGCUCUAUUUUUUUGGAUGUACAGUAGCUUUACCUCCGCAGCCACGUUAUCAUAGCAAUAAGAGGCCGAGCGAGCCGGAGGAGCCGAGUGGAAGGGAAGCCCCGGUGUUUGACGCUGACCUAGUUCGAAUGCAGUUACUUUAGAGGCUUAUUUAUUUGCAGGAGCAAACGGUGCCUGAAUAUUAACAGUGUUCUGAUUUUUUUAAAUGAUACUUAGGCCUUGUAAAUGGCUCACUGAGUAGUCACUUCGAUCUUAGUCCGCGUGGGUCUAGUUAACGCUCUUAGCGAGGAGUCAGCCUGCUCAGCGACCAGAGCUCCCGCGUGCCGCCAGCCGGCGGGUCCCGUUACACCAAAUCAUCCUGUACAGAGGCUUUGAAGUGUCCUGUAUUUAACACCCUUAUUUAAGCUUAUUUAACCUGGAAUUGUUAAUUUUAUAAGCGUUGGUGCGGCCUGCACUCUGAUGAGGACGGGGCGGCGGCAGCAGGCUCCGAGACGGGCCGGGCGCUACCGACCGGAUGCUGCUAGACACGCCCUCGAACUGCUUCCCGGUCUUACUGUUCUCUUUGAG